UCCAAAGUUGCUGUCUGAGCAGAGGCAUGGGGAAGAGGAGGCCAGUCGCUCUAACAUUCCUCAGGAAAGCUACUUAAAUGAAAUGAGAAGGCUUCUCUAUCCAAGGAUAUACAGCCAAGAACAGACGCCGAGAAGCUGUUUUCCUUCUUUUCUCCCCCAACUCCUCCUGGAGUUGAACAGCUCUCAUUUCUGGCAUGCGUCUCAUCUCUCAGGAUACUAUGUCACAGUAUUCGACUAACUUUCUCUUGCUCCCCAUACCAGAGUAUCCUGUGUUAGACUGCGUGCCCAACAAAAUCAUCAAGCUGGUGGUACUGGGUGGCAGCAGCGUUGGCAAGACAGCCCUGGUUGUGCGCUUUCUCACGAAGAGAUUUAUUGGAGACUAUGAAGCCAAUACUGGUGCUUUGUAUUCCAGAAAAUUCACCAUAGAUGGGGAGCAGAUCUCUCUACAGGUGCAGGAUACUCCCUUUGUUUCACUGGAGGAUGACACUGACAGCAUAUGCUGCCAAGAGCAGAUAAACCGUUCAAUCUACUGGGCAGAUGGCUUCGUUUUUGUUUACUCCAUCACAGACUACGAGAGCUACCGAGUCAUCCGUCCCCUCCACCAGCACAUCCGCAAGAUUCACCCGAAUGCUAACAUUCCCCUGCUUCUGAUGGCAAACAAAGGAGACCUCCUGCGAGCCAGGCAGGUGUCCUCCACAGAAGGACUCCAGCUGGCCAGUGAACUGGGAGGUACUUACUAUGAAGUCUCAGCCCGGGAGAACUGUGAGGGAGUGCACGAAGCCUUCCAGCAGCUUUGCCAGGAGGUCAGCAGGAUGAUUGGGAGCUGCAAUGGAGAGAAACGAAGAGGCCUCCACCUUGUCCGACCCAAGUCUCCAAAUAUGCAGGACUUAAAGAGACGUUUGAAACAGGCUCUGACUUCCAAAGGCAAAUCUGCCACUACACUCUGAUGUACCUGACAGAAAUUGUUUUCCAUAGCCCUGAAAAAAAAAAAAAGGCAAGAGAAUAAGCUGGUAAUAAGGGGCAUCGCUGAAAUUCAGCAAUCAGCUCAUCUGAGAGGCUCUUUCAUUUUGUCUUUACAUCUUCCUUAAAAAUCCCAUGCUUGUUCAGCAAAGGAAAUUUGCUCUUUGGGGCGAGAAUUUAGAAACUGUGAGUUAAAUAAUAGAUUGUCCCAAAUUAUUUCCUUUUUGAAAGGGACACAGUCAAAUAGUUUAGGCUUAAAAUGUGGAUUUUUAAAAUAAAAAUAAUUACAUCCUACUUU